CACUAGUCUAAGUACUUGGCCAUGAUAUUUCUUCAUUUAUUGUUACAAAAUUAUAAUGGUCAUAUAAUUAUGACAUGUAAGACAUAAUAAAAUAAAAUUACUAAUAAAAUCAGACCUCCUGAGAGGUAUUCAGUGGACCAAAAGGUAGUGAUACAUCCUCAAACAUAUACGAUUUAUACAGUUAGAAUCUCCCCCACAUGUUAAACUUUUCCAAAACAUCAAAAUGCUCCUGAUGAGAAGACGUGACCUGAUUUCCAUGGACUGUAAGCAGUAGGUGGGUACGCUAAAAGACAUUUGGUCAAACGCAGUGCUUUUAAUUUCAUGAUGAAUUUACCUGCUAUGCGCCUUUAGCAAAAACAUGGGGGCUGUACAGUUUCAUGAGCUACGGUGAGUCAGUUAACAGACACUUGUCAGAUUCUGAGUCUCAAAAUGAUGGUUUUUGUUUGUUUAAAAAAAGUCCCAGGGUAUCAUUAGCAUGUACACACAGCAAAAUAAUGAAUCAUUAUAAAAGUGCCUUUACUGUAAACACUGCAGCCAAGCUUAAUUAUAAUUUACCAGAAAACCUUUAGAAAAUGGGAUUGAGUUAAAGAAUGACAAAGCAUCCACUAACUGUCAUGAAAUAUAAUCGUUACGCUAAGGGGUAAAGACAGUUAGCUUUAUCUCUUUGUUAUGUUCAAAUGUUAAUAUGUAAUUUGACAUAUAUACAUUCUCUUGUUUAUGUAUUCUUUGACAAACAAAAGCUUUAAAUAAAUAUUAAAUUGAAAAAAAAAAACGAUAGUUUGUAACAAAUGUAUAACAUAAACGUGCUUUGGGCUAAGUACUGAGCCAUGUGGUAUGCCACACAUAAACAUAUUUAAACAAACACUAAACUUAUAUUCGAUAUUAUAUAUGGCUAAUUGAUUAUAACUUCAUCUCUUGUUUGUUGUUUUCGAAAGUGUAACACAAUAUCCAUGUUGCUGACCCUGUUGGCCGUGUAAUUUAAUAGGUACUUUCUCUUGCUGCCAUAUUCUCUAUCAUCCACACGUUACCUGAUACAUUCGUGCUCACACGCGUGACGUAUGAAACACUUUCCACCCUCGAGCCACAACAACGUAGCUAACUAGGUGUUGAUGGUGGGAGCCCGUGAUGUAGCUUCCUGUCUCCAUUGCAUAUCAGAAUUUCCCCUUUUGCCCGCCCACUUUCAUUUUGUGUGAUGCAGUGGGCUGUUUCACUUCAGUCUGUCUCAGUCUCUUGAUGCUGUAUGUUCGGCUCCUGAGUCAAUGUAGCUUGUUGAUUUUUCCAGCCACCCACAGCAGUGAAUAUUUUACAGUGGUAAUCUCACCAAGAAGACUGAAUUUAUUGUUGAUCCCAAAGCAGCCAACCUAUGAAGGUGCUGAGUGGACUCGGCGUGCCCAAAUCGUUAACCCAAAAUAGCAUGGACCCAAUCAGCAUGCCAGCCACAACCGUUCCUCUGAAUACGGGACUCUCCCUUUGUCAGCAAACCAAUGGCAAUCUUGCCAGCAUCUCCCACACUGGGAACAUGAAUAUUAACCGAAGGCGCUGGAGGAGCAUCUUUCGACGUGUUCAGAAAAAGAACAAGGAUUUAUAUCAUGCAAACAGUGAACAUACCAAGAACACACUUUUUGGACGAGCCUUGUCUGAAAUCUGUCAGAAAGAUGGGUCUCCUCCUGAACCAAUUAUGGAUAUCCUAAUUCUGCUGCAGAGAAAGGGUUUGCACACUGAGGGGGUGUUCAGGAGGGCCGGGAACACCAAAGCUGUGAAGGAGAUCAAGGCGCAACUCAACGAUGGGAUAGAAGUGGAUCUGAAGGAGCAUCCGGUGAUUUGGCUUGCUGAUCUCAUCAAGGAUUUUCUCAGACAUCUGCCUGGCGGUUUGUUAAUGUCGGAGAAGUACAAAGACUGGAUGGAUGCAAUGGAAAAGGAGGAUGAGGAUCAGAAAUGCGCUGAAAUUAAAAUGCUGAUCAACACACUGCCUGUGCCAAACAUUCAGCUCUUGAAGCACCUGAUUGUCCUACUGUUCUUAAUAAGUGAGAAGGCAGAUACAAACAAGAUGGUUUCCACCAAUCUAGCCACGUGUGUUUCCCCAAACCUGCUCCAAACAGACAGCAACAUAGAGAAGAUGGAAGAGGUGACGAAACUGACGGCUUUCCUUAUUGACAACUGCAGUCGGAUUUUUGGUGAUGAUGCGCUGACGCUCUAUGAAGAUUCUGAUGAAGAUGAACUCAGCGAUAACCAAGACUCUUUUUCCUCGCACCAUCACGACUCUGCGUACGACAGUAAUGACCCCGAUGCAGACACCUACAAGGGCAGUUGUUCAGAUAUGGACUCUAUCAAAUCUGGCGUUGAAGAAAAAGCCCAGGAACCUGAAGAACCCUGGACAACCCAACUCCUGAUCCGCAGACGUUCAGAACCAACGUUCAACUUCACCCAGACGGUUCAGCAGCAUCUCUCCAGCAGCCAGACGGAAGUGGACUUUCAUGAAAAGCAGUUAAAAAAGCAGAUCUCCGAUGACUGUAUUGUGUUCAGGGCGGGGAACAGCUUUGGGAAAAGAUGUGGUCUGGCACGCUCAAGCGCUUCCAGGACCACCUCCAGAGGCUGCUCGUAUUGUUCCUCGAGUUCACUGGAGAGCUGUUUCUCCAGCGCCUCAGAGAGCUCCAUCCACAACAGUCCUUCUCCCCUGCCUUCGUCCAAAAAAAACAUCCAACGCAAACAUUCCUUCCCUACUCCGAACCGCUCAGAAACCCCCAGAAAACGCUCGCAGUCAAUGAAGAGUGCACACCUCAGGAGCAGGACUGUUUUCGGGCGAAGCGGCUCCACCAAACGGGCCAUCGAAAGAACCUUAAGAGAAAGUGAGACUCUCCCCGAGGUGCUGACUCCUCAACCGGAGCCCAGACGCUUGUCCAGCGAUGAGGUUUUCCAGCAGGUGGACAGCAGGAUACCAAGCAGCCCUCCGAGUUAUGAGCAAGCCGUUCAGAACAAUUCCCCUGCAGCUCUUUCCUGUUGCAGAUCGCUGACCGUUCAGGAUGCCAGAUGUUUGUCAAAGCAAACGUGCAGCGGCUCCAGAUCUUCAAGUGAGGAGACUUUGGAUUUCUCUUCUGGACUUGCUGAUAUCCACAACAGAGACAAUGCUGAGGCAUGCUGUGAUGGUAUGAGUGGAUCCUCCUCAUGUUUGAGACAGAGGUCCUCAUCUGAAUCUAUGUAUGAAGAACACAUCAGAGAGUCAUACGUCUGAUUCUGACUUGUUUUUAUUUUCUACUUUUUGAAUACGACCUCAUAAUGAGGGAUUGGCAUUUCAGUUGUUUUGAAUGUAACUCAGGGAUAAUGUGCUCAAUGUGUUGCGUCUUUACUUUCAUUACACUGCUUUGUUUUUUUUGGUGAUUUUUUUUGUACCCACCGUGCAACAAAAUUGUGACUGAAAAGCACUUUGAGGAAAUUUCACUACACAGGUUCACAGUUUUUGAGUUUUCAAAAAUAAAGUGGAUGCUUAGAAAUAUAUGUAAACCAUAUAUGCCUUCUAAUGAAAUAAAAAUAUGUUUUGCUAUGCACA